UAUUUAAAUCUCUGGUGUGUUUAAAUGCGUUGUUUUGUGUACCAAUGUUUUGUGUAAUGUGUACAAUGUGUCAGAUCAGUGGGACACCUGUUUGGAAAUCGUUAUGAAGUGAAUCAAAGUGUUAAUGUUUUUUAACUUUCGGGUGGUGUCACAAGAAGUUUGUGCGUUAAAGCAGCUUAAACAUCAACACAUCUAUCAAAAUGACUCUUAACAUGUCAACAACCAUUUGAAAGUUGACGAUGACUUAAACAUUUCAGAACUGUAAUAAUUUCUUGUAGUUGUUAGACAUGGCCACAUUGACACCGGAACAGCUGCAGAGAAUUGAAGAAAACAAACGAAGAGCACAGGAACUGAGAAGAAGUAAACUUUUGAACCAGCAGAGUGCCUCAGCAACUGUUUAUCAAAAUAAUAAGAAUAGUUUCUCAGAUACCCAUCAUAAAAGGGCUUCAGAUGUGGUCACAGUGGGACAAGAUACAUUGAAGCGUAGUUCAUCAAGUACCGUUCCAUGUCCUGAAGCACAAUCUCCUAAGAGAGUAGCUUCUGAAACAGGAGAUAACAGACUUCAAGGAGUUAAAACAGUGUUGCCUUUUUAUGGUAACAUACAAGCUAGUUCACAUAAAAACAGUACAUCUUCUACUGAUCUGUGGAUUAAUAAUGCCGCCCACAGUAACGUGCGUGCUGACAAUGAUCAGAACAUUUUUGGCAAAUCACAAUCUUCCAAUAAAAUUACAGGAUAUUGUAAACUUGUUUCAAAAGAUAGGUUUGUUAUAGAUGUUGGCUACCAUAAGCGUAUGAUAGACAUUUUCAAAACUAUGGGAAGUGCAAAAUAUGAUGCACCUUCCAAAAGAUGGAGUUUCCAUAUAAAAGACCACAAUUUGUUGUUGAAAGUACUGGAUGCGGAGCCUGACUUGUCUAUAUCAAAGUUACCAGACAUUGUUUUAAGGACAUUUUUAUCUGCACCUCCUGCACCAGUAAAUUACGAGAUCGACUUGAGUCGAAUAGAUAAACAAUUAGUCGAGAACUUGAUGCCAUUUCAAAGAGAAGGUAUAUGUUUUGGAAUAUCAAGAAAAGGCAGAUGUCUCAUAGCAGAUGAUAUGGGACUUGGAAAGACUGUUCAAGGUCUUGGCAUAGCUCAUUAUUACUAUUCUGACUGGCCUCUUCUAAUUGUCACUCCAUCUUCAGUUAGGUACCUGUGGUUAGAGGCUGUUCUGUCUUGGUUACCCUCUGUACCACUUCACCAUGUUGAAGUAAUGAACACUGGAAAAGAUUACGUUGGUGAUGCCAGAGUUGUGAUACUGUCUUAUGACCUGUUAGCGAGGCAUCACAAAGACCUUAAUCUGUCAAGAUUUGGAAUCGUAAUUUUGGAUGAAUCACAUUUUUUGAAGAACAUAAAAACAGCUAGAACAAAGGCAGCAUUAUUUGUAGCUAGGGGGUGUAGAAGAGUAGUGCUGCUAAGUGGAACUCCGGCACUUUCCCGACCAUGUGAGCUAUACACCCAGAUUGCUGCCAUUGAACAUAACGCAUUCCCAAGUUUUCAAACAUACGGCAUCAGAUAUUGUGCAGGUAAACAAACUAAAUGGGGCUGGGACUUCAGUGGCUCUUCAAACAUGGAGGAACUACAGCUCCUGCUCGAACAUCGUUUCAUGAUUAGGCGCUUGAAAUCUGAUGUCAUCACCCAGCUGCCUUCAAAAAUGAGGCAGGUUGUUGUUUUGAAUCCUUCUUCUAUAAAUAUGAAGAGUGAUGAAGUGGAAAGCUGGUUAAAAAGACUACAUUCCAAACAACUGAGUGGCAUGCAGAGGAGAGGAGCUCUUCUGUCAUUUUUUGCAGCCACAGGGAAUGUAAAACUAAAAGCUGUUAAGGAUUACAUAGCCGAUUUGCUAGAGGCUGGGAAGAAGUUCAUUUGUUUUGUUCACCAUAAGGUUGUGAUGGAUGGUCUUUCAAAAACGAUGGAAGACAAGAAAGCCUCGUACAUAAAAAUUGAUGGCUCAACUACAGCCAGUGAGAGGAAGGCUUUAUGUGACAAGUUCCAAUUUGAUGACAAUUAUUCUGCAGCUCUUUUGUCAAUUACUGCAGCUAAUGCUGGAAUAACUCUAACAGCUGCCAAACUUGUCGUUUUUGCAGAGCUUUUUUGGAACCCUGGUAUUUUAAUUCAGGCUGAAGAUCGUGCUCACAGAAUUGGCCAGAGGGACAGUGUUUUGGUACAGUACCUCAUUGCUAAAGGGACAGCAGAUGAUCAUCUAUGGCCUAUGAUCCAAAAUAAACUGGAUGUUCUCCAUAAAGCUGGCCUAAGUAAAGACAGCUUCAUGCAGUCUGACACAGCUGUUGUGAAGGAUAAAACACAAAGUACCUUGGAGGAUUUCUUUGAUGAACUGAAUGACAGCAGCGACAACCUUCUUGCAGAUGUUGUGGAGGAAAUCGAGUUCAAAGAGGAUAUUUGUUGUGGUGCUACAGUUUGAAAGGAGUAAUAAAGAUGUGACUUGAUUAAUGCAUGCAAAUGUAUUUUUAUAUGAAAUUCUUUUUAAAAAUAUAUCAUUUAAUUUACAUGUAAAUAA